UAUGAGAAAGGCGAUGCAUUUCCUUGCCAUUCUUUUGUAAGCUGACAUGAAGUAGACAGACAUCUUCUGAAGUUUGUGCAUGCUGUGCUUCCCCUCCCCCCCUUCCUUGCUGCAACAAGAAAAGCCUUUUCUUUUAACCUGGCUUCCUUUGAAGAAGUGACUUAGGCAGCUUCAUGGCCUCUCAAGAUCCUCCGGGCCAAAUUCAUAAAACCAUACAAGACCCACUUCCUGGUUCUCCAGAGCCUCCAGAUCAACUGAAGCCUUCCGAAACGACCAUCAUUUGGAAACAAGCCCAACUUCCUGCCAGUUUGCCUCCUGGUCUGGAAUACUUAUGCCAGUUGGACCAGAUAAUUAUUCAUCAAGAAGUGGAACUUCUCCAAGUUAUAGUUGGGACAGAGACAUGCAGCAAGUAUGAGAUUAAAAACCACAUGGGACAAAGAGUUUACUUUGCCGUGGAGGAAAAUGGCUGCUUUGAUCGUAACUUCUGUGCACCAUUACGGUCUUUCACCAUGAGGAUCUUGGACAACAGCGGUCAAGAGGUGAUCACUGUGAACAGACCUUUAAGAUGUAACAGCUGCUGGUUUCCAUGUUACCUACAAGAGUUAGAAGUUCAGUCUCCUCCUGGGACCACUGUUGGCUACGUUGUUCAGAAAUGGGACCCUCUUCUGCCUAAAUUCACUAUCAGAAAUGAGAGCAAUGAAGACAUAUUAAAGAUAAUAGGCCCUUAUGCAACUUGCGGCUGUUUUGGAGAUGUUGAUUUUGAGGUAAAAUCUCUAAAUGAUAUGUCAACCAUUGGCAAGAUUUCCAAGUAUUGGUCUGGAUUUGUCAAUAAUAUCUUUACCAAUACAGCCAACUUCGGUAUCCAGGUUCCUGUAGAUCUUGAUGUAAAAAUCAAGGCUGUAAUGAUUGGUGCUUGCUUUCUCCUAGACUUAAUGUUCUUUGAGAACUCCUUGGAUGGAUUGUAACAAGCAAGAUGAUAGGAACAAUAAAAUAUGCAAACUACAUUUCACAGUCCCUUGAGCUCUGGAUAUUACUUUUGAACUGUGCAAUCCUAUGGUUUUUGUAAGGGGGGGGGGGGCAACAAUCAU